CCCAUUGUAACGACGAUCGAAAAAUAGAUAAAAAAAAUAGUAGUAGGAGCCCGCUCUGCAUCGUUUAAUUUUUGUUUUUCUCACUCUUUCUCUUCACUUUUUUUGAAAGAUAACAGCAAACAGCGAUAUGCCUCGAGUGCGUGCAAAGCAGUUAGACUCGGAGCUCCGGGCCAUUGCCACCGAGGAAUACACCUUUCAAAACUGGGCAAAGACCUUUACGUGCACUUGCGAGAUAAUGUUUGAGCCUUCAACAGAAAACCAAGUCGUUAAGAUCAUUCAACUGGCACGAAAGUACAACAAACCGAUCAAAGUGUUUGGCAGUGGCCAUUCGCCUUCCGAUCUCGCAUGCUCACGUGGAUUUAUGAUCAACAUUGACAAUAUGAACGGAUUGCUUCGAGUGGACAAGCGGGAUUCUACAGUAACUGUCGAAGCGGGCAUGAGCUUACACAAGUUGCAUGCGAUUCUUCAAGAACAUGGUUUGGCCUUGAGCAAUCUCGGCUCAAUUUCCGAUCAAACCAUUGCAGGUGUUAUUUCCACGGCAACGCAUGGUACAGGCGCAGAAUUUGGUUGCCUAUCAACAAUGGUUUGCGAUAUGACAUUGGUCACUGCGAACGGUGAUCUCGUACGCUGUUCGCCACACGAAAACCCGGACUUGUUUGCAGCUGCACGCUGCAGUCUUGGUGCAUUGGGUGUCAUCACCCGUGUAUCGCUCCAAGUUGAACCUGCCUUUCGUUUGGAAGCUAUCCAGAAGCCAUAUAGAUUCGACAAUGUUUUGGCAGAAUGGGACGACGUAGUGCAUUCAGCAGAACACGUUCGCGUCUGGUGGAUGCCACACACCAACGAUUGUGUCGUCUGGCGUGCUAACCGCACCGAGAAGCCUGCUGUCUUGCCUACAUCCAACUGGCUCCUUGAACGUGGUUUGGGUGUCCAUGUGUACCAGUUUAUGCUAAAUGCCGCACGUUAUCGUCCAUCGUUUAUUCCAUCGAUCACACGCUUCAUGUUUGAUACCAUUCACACACGGCCGAUCCAUGUCAUUGACGACUCGUACAAGGUGUUUAUGUUUGAUUGCUUGUUCCCGCAAUACGUGAACGAAUGGGCCAUUCCGUGGGAAAAUUCGCCUCAAGCAUUGAAGGAGCUCGACGAAUUUAUCAACACAGCACAACUCAAGGUGCAUUUCCCUGUGGAGAUUCGGUUUGUUAACGAGGACGAUAUCUGGUUGAGUCCGUCUUAUAAGCGCAAGACUUGCUACAUUGGUGUCAUCAUGUACAGACCUUAUGGCAACCCUGUCCCGUACAAGAAGUACUGGAAAGCGUACGAAGGCAUCAUGCGAAAACAUGGCGGUCGUCCUCACUGGGCAAAGGCUCACGGCCAAUCCGCCGAAAUGCUUAGUGCGUCGUACCCAAGACUCAAAGAUUUUUUAAACGUGCGAGAGAAAGUGGAUCCUGAAGGAAUGUUCUUGAACGAUUACUUGAAACGACACAUCUUGCCGGGGAAGCCUUUACAAUCUGCUGCCAUGCUGUGAGCUGCUGUGCUGUAAUGUUUAUAUACCACUUUCAUGCAUUUAACUUUAUCAUCGUCUCAUUUUUAGUCUAUUCUAUAUCAGUUAGAAUUGUUUUUUUGCAUAUGUUUGCCCAGUGCAUUUGUAUCCUCCUGUUCCCCCACUUGCAGGCGUCCACACACACCCCUUGAUCGUAAUAAUACAGUUAAAUUUUUAUCAUAACGAUGCAUUGAAG